GACGCAAAUACUAUCUUAUAUAAUUAUGAUUUAGACACUUAUUUCAAACUUAUUUAAGAUUCAAUUCAAUUUAAUAUAUUCAUAUGUGCUCGUAUAUAUUCUUGUGUUUCGCGAAAUGACAAAAUAUGACACGAAAAGUUAUAUUGCCUUUUAUUUUGUAUGUAAUGUUUGGAUAUAAUGUUAUCCACUUACAUCUCUGUUUUGAAAAGCUACUCGCACCAGUAGAGCUGAACACUCUCAUUAAGAUUAUAAAAAAUAAACCUGUUACUAAGUACUACAUAUUGAAACUGGUGUCAUUAUACAUUUGAGCCGCGUCAUGACAAAACCAACGUAAUGGGUUUGCGACCAGCAUGGAUCCAGACCAGCCUGCGCAGUCUGCUCAGGAUCCAUGCUGUUCGCUAUCAGUUUCUUUACUUGUUAUAGGGUCUGUAAGCGAACAGCAUGGAUCCUGAUCAGACUGCGCAGAUGCGCAGGCUGGUCUGGAUCCAUUCUGGUAGCAAACGCGCUAUGUUGGUUUUGUCGUGACGCGGCUCAUUUAACAAUGAACUGUUAAUGACACGUUUAUAUAAAAUAUGAAGUUGAUGUAAAAUAAAAACACAGAAAAUGGAUAAUAGCUGAACAAGUCUAUAUGGAAAUAAGAUAAAAUAAAGAACACAGUCAACUUUAUUUUGUAUUUUGCAAUAGUUUUAUUACAAUUUUAAAGUACUAAGUAAAUCAACCAUAUCUACAAGUAUUUUGAAAAUAUUUGAAAGUGAUGUAUUAUGUUGUUAAAAUACUGUUUUUUGGUAGCUUACACAUAAUGUGGUUUUAAAAGAAAAUAAAAAGAUGUAUAUAUUAUAUUUAUUUCAUUUCAUCAAUAUUUGUGAUGUACAUUAAAACCUGGCUGCAUGUUUAAAUGGAUUGCUCCGAUGAGUGAUUUUGAUAUUAUUUUUAAAGUUUUGACUUGUUAAAUUUGAAACUGUCAAUUGAAAUUUCUGAGUGGAGAUGUGGGUGUUUAUUUGAGUCAUUAAAUGAUGAGCAAAAACACGAAAACUAAUGCGAAAUGCUCAGCAGAAAUGUUCGGUGGAGUAAACAAAUCAAAAUGUUAAUCGGAAUAUUUGUGAUAUUUGUAUUGUCUUUGGCAGACGAGAGUUUAUCGUCUGCGUUAAGCGGAAAUAACUUUUCAAGUAUAUUGUCAGAGUGUUCCACUAAUCAAAAGGUACAGGCAAACAUGGUCCCUAAAGCAGGAACGGCUGACAUUGAGGCUAACAUCACUGCCACUUUUUAUGUCGGUUUAGCAGACGACAGUUCCAUUACCGGAAGUGCUGUUACCGGAAGUAUAGAAUGGAUUUUCAAUGACGAAACAGAUACCACGACACUGAUAGUGAAGGUGUUAACUCUUGUCGACGGUCAAGUUCAGAGUAUAGACUAUUAUUUGCUGUAUGUUGAUGACGGGACAAAUGAGUAUAGUGAUGGUAAACAUGCCGUUCUUAAUUGCAUAAACACACCGACUUCAGCGAACACUACCAUAAAAGCCGAGGUUUACCGAACAAAUACAACAUCAUGUGACUGUGACGUCAUAAAAAUGGCCGUCAAAAAUUGCCUUCCUCAGUGCCAAAUGAAUCUAAUAUCCUCACGCAAAUUUCACGUAUCAAAAGAUGCUUGUUUUCUCUACAGAGAAAAUGAUCAAGAUGACUUACUUAUGAACCUGCGAGGUGAAAUGGUGGCAAAAGAAAUUACCACAUUUCAUGGCUACUUCUCGAAUGUCAAUCCAUUCUCGUCUGCACGUGUUUCUAUAUUUCCUGACGAUGACCUCCACUUUCCACAUGUUCCCAUCCUUUCAUUUCCAGUACAAAUAGAAACAAAUGGUGAAAUAUAUUUCUCUGUUGAGACGGCAAACAUGGGAUAUUUUGAUUUUUACGCCAAGUUACAAGUCACUUGCCCGGACGAUUUUUUCUCUGAUGAUUACAUCAGCGAGUCUAUAAAAGUGAAACCAUAUGAGGUUCCAGAUUCUAGAGAUAGAAAUGAUGACACAAUAUUUGACGUGACAGACGCUGCUAAAAGCGAACAAUCGAGCAAAGAAAAGACUACUGAAAUAUUUUAUGGUGUUAUGAUUGCAUUACUUGUUGUGGCAUGUGUAAUAACGGUGACUGUCUGGGUCAGAAUAAUGCGCAGAAACAAACGACGCUCUGGUUCCCCGUCUAGACAAGGAGUAGACAAAGAACUACAAACAAAACUUUGCUCAGCACCUUCAGUUUUGAUAGAAGGGAAGACCAGUGAAAUGAACAACUGUUCGAAUAUGACAACAAAAACAAAGAAUGCCAUGAUGUUAACACAUCCUGAUACAGUCAAACAUGAAGAGGACGUUGAAGAUUUAGUCACGUGUCUUAAAAUGUACGAAAUACAAGUUCAUAACAGACCGGAAGUACAUUUUCAAAAUUGGCGGGAUUUUGCUGAGAAAGCCGGUGAAGAAUAUAAAGACAUUGUUAUUGUUAUGUCUCGAGGGCUAAUAGACUUAUGUGAAAUAUAUAAAAGUAAAGGUAGAACUACAUGUGUUGACAAGAUUGAAAAUGUUACAGAAACUAAUUUACAUCGCACCAAGCAAUUAGAGCAUAAACAAACUAGUGACGAACGCUGGUUUGAAUUGCUUGAACAAAGGAAUGGAGAGUAUAUACCAUGUGUGGCUUUGGAUAAAAUAAGAAUUGUUUUACAAGACGGCCAAUCAGAUGUCGGGAUACAUUUUGUGACUUUCUGUGAUAAAGUAAAUCAUUGUACUUCCGGUGAUUGUAAUGAAGAUAAGCUAAAAGGUUCUGAUAUUAGGAAUUGUUGA